ACCGCCACCAGCCUCUUCGCCCAAUCCAAGUCCCCGCCGCACCAACCACCGCCCUUCUCCCCCAGAUCUACCCUCCGCCUACGUGUUGCCCCUCGAUUCACCCGGCCUCGUGCCGGAGAUGCCACCCGCGGCCUCAAAUCUGGCAGAUUCCUCCGCCACCACCACCUCCCCCUCCUGGUAGUAGCACCAGCUCCCGCGAUGCAGGCGCGGGUGGCGUCCAUGGAGGACAUGAAGGAGGCGCGGCUCACCCAGGGCCGGCUCUUCCCGACGGGGAUGCUCAAGCUCUUCCUCGGCUUCCUCCUCCUCGGCGUCGGCCUCUCCGCCGCCGGCAUGUACAUGGCGCGCCACACGCUCGCCGCCGCCGCGCCCGCCCUCUUCCGCCCCUGCCUCGGCAACUCGCCCCCCUCCUCCUCCUCGGACCUCGAGGACGGGCUCGAGCGCUGGACCCGCCCGCCCGCGCGCGCGCGCCACGCCAUGGCGGACGAGGAGCUGCUGUGGCGCGCAUCCUUCGCGCCGCGCGUGCGCGCCUACCCGUUCCCGCGCGUGCCCAAGCUCGCCUUCAUGUUCCUCACGCGCGGCCCGCUCCCGCUGGCCCCCCUCUGGGAGCGCUUCUUCCGGGGGAACGAGGGGCGCUACUCCGUCUACGUCCACGCGCUCCCAUCCUACCGCGGCAACUACACCGCCGACUCCGUCUUCUACCAACGGGAUGUCGCCAGCAAGGUUACAGAAUGGGGUCAGAUGAGUAUGUGUGAUGCUGAGAGACGCCUGCUGGCAAAUGCUUUGCUGGAUAUAUCUAAUGAGUGGUUUGUGCUUGUGUCGGAGUCAUGCAUUCCUAUAUUUGAUUUCAACACCACAUACAAAUACUUUCAGAAUUCAAGUCAAAGCUUUGUCAUGGUGUUUGAUGAUCCUGGACCAUAUGGACGUGGCCGGUAUAAUUAUAACAUGACCCCUGAGGUUGAGCUCACACAAUGGCGCAAAGGCUCGCAAUGGUUUGAAGUAGACAGAGAACUUGCUAUCGAGAUCAUUAGAGACACACGCUAUUACCCGAAAUUCAAGGAGUUCUGCAGACCUCAUUGUUAUGUUGAUGAACACUACUUCCCUACCAUGCUCAUGAUUGAAGCUCCGCAGAGCCUUGCUAAUAGAAGUAUCACUUGGGUGGAUUGGUCAAGAGGCGGUGCACAUCCAGCCACAUUUGGUAGGCGAGAUAUCACAGAGGAAUUCCUGAAAAGGGUUCAAACCGGGCGGACUUGUUUAUACAAUAAUCAAAAUACGACGACAUGCUUCCUAUUUGCUCGGAAGUUCGCUCCAAGUGCACUGGAGCCAUUGUUAGAGUUAGCGCCCACUGUGCUCGGUUAUGGCUGAUGGAUGAUUUAACAGGUGCCCCCUGUAAGUUUUGAUAUAGAUCAGUGUAGAUUUACAUGUGUUGGGGCAUGAGCUUAUUUUGAUGGAUGACCACAUGUACUCUGCCCACAUCAUUAUACACAAAUUUGUACUAUUAUUUUGUACAGUAACCUGACAGUGGACAAGAGAACUUUUCUCUUGGGCUAUUGCGCUGUAUAUUUUGGGUUAAAAGAAUGUAUU